AUGGAAAAGACAUUUAGCCCCAAUUACCAAUUGGGCGCUGGCACGGCUCCAGGAUCCGAGAGGCGGCUGUAUGUGCGCCGCAAGGCUCGCGACCCGUUCACCAUCCACGGCAUCAAGGAUGAUCCCUGUCCGCCAUCGCCAAUCGGAAACGCAGAUUGGGUUCACUGUCUUUCUGUGUUUUCUUCGGCAGUCCUCGUACUUUGUACGGCAUCCUGGACGCAUGUCGGGUGGGGAGAGGCGAAGCGAGACUCGAAGGUGGAUGACGGUGAUGAUGCUGCUGGCCCGCCUCUCAAGAUGCAUGUCUCAAGGAGCCAUCACCGAACUCAUCUGUGCAGCGAAUGGAAAUCACCCGUACAGCGCCAAAUCAAGGCCAGGCCCGGCAAUGUCUCGGACAAGGACGCGGGCAUGAUGCGGUGUUGA